UCUAAGUUUUUCUGGUUUAAACACUUCGCAAAUAUUACCAAAAUAAAAUGCUGGAUUAUAAUUUGCUUUAUUAACAGCAAUAAACCAUUUAAACUGGUAUUAAAUAUACACCUGCACCGUAACCAAUCUCUUUACAAACAAGUUAUCUCCCUUCGAGAAAAUGACGUCAUUCGAGACACUCGCCCAAAGGACGCUGAAGAGGGUAAUGAGCGAGAGAUAAGUUCUUGUCAAUUUUGUGAAAAUAUGGUGCAGUGUGCCGCACUUAACUGCACAAUAAAAUCUGGCCAGGGAAUUAGCCUGUAUUUGUUUCCGAAAGAUCCCAAAUUUAGAAAAAUUUGGACUCUCAAAUUGAGAAGAGACGGUUUUCAUCCUACUCAAUACAGUAAACUUUGUGAACGACAUUUUGACAAAGAUCAAUUCUCGAUAAAUCCUGACAUUGCAAACAACGUAAAGUUUCAGUUAAAAAACAAGAUCUUGAAAUCAGGAGCUGUGCCAUCUCUAUUCGAUUACACGGAUCCCAAAGAAAAAAGGCUAUCGGUUAAAAGAUCAGCUAGCCCCACGUCUCAGCAACAUGACAUUGACAGGCCAGACGUUAGCAUGGUUGGUCGUUCCAAGUCAGAUGCCCUUGCGAAAAUCACCAAAAGAAGACGCUAUAACAUUUUAGAUGCCAGUGAUAUUGACAAUGAUGAAUUACCACAACCACAAGAUGAUCAAAGAUCAGGUGACACAGUCUGUCCAGCAAAUUUUAAAGAAACAAAUGUUCAACAUGUUCAGUGCUAUUCCACAAUGUCCCAGACAACAUAUGAUGUAGUUAAGCGACGCCAUGUAAAACUACAAACAGAAAUAAACAUUUUAUCUCCUCCUGAUGUGGAAAAGGUUUCUACAGGAACUCAGACUGAAGAGAGAAUAUCUGAAUAUCUUGACAACAGCUUCCUGACAUCCACAGAUGAAGGGGAUGACAAUGACACAGACUCAGACUGGGUUCCGGAAAGUGAGAAUGAGGAGCACGAUUCUGAACAAGACAUUAACCCUGCUAAGGAAAGAAAGUUUAUAGUUUUUGAAUCCUGCUUAGAUCAAUUAUUUACAUCUUGCUACAAUUGUGGAUGCCAAUGUACAUUAAGAAAGACUAUCAUAGGCUCAUACAUUAGCAUUAAGAGUUUAUGUGAAAACUGCAGUGCUCAGAAAAAAUGGGAAAGUCAGCCUACAUCUAGUGCUAUGCCCCUUGGUAAUUUAAUCAUUGCAGGAGCUGUGUUAUUUUCUGGGGGCAGUGCUCACAAAUUCUUAACAUUGUGUAGACAUGCUUCAGUUCAGAUGUUCAGCAUUGGAACAUACAUGAAAAUUCAGUCAUUGUAUUUAGUCCCAACUAUAGAAGAUGUUUGGCAAAGAGAGCAGUUACAUCUCUUUACAGCAGCACAGGAGUCUGGAGAACCUUUGAGGCUGGGUGGAGAUGGACGGUGUUGCUCACCUGGCCACACAGCCAAAUAUCUUUCAUACACUUUGAUGGAUCUGAAGACAAACAAAAUCCUGGAUACACAGCUUGUGCAGAAAAAUGAAGUUAGAAACUCGUAUGCCAUGGAGCUGGAGGGUUUACAAAGAGGGCUUGCCAGAAUUGCAGAUGAGGAUCUACAGAUUUCACAUUUGGUUACUGACCGCCAUUCUCAGAUAAAAAAGUACAUGCGUGAAACCCAUCCAGAAAUAAUACAUUGGUUUGAUUGCUGGCACAUUGCUAAAGGAAUUUACAAGAAGUUAGAAGCUGUGAGCAAGAAGAAAAACUGUGAAAUUGUUGGAGAUUGGGCAAGGUCCAUCAGCAAUCACACUUAUUGGUGUGCAAUGAGUAGUGGCGGAGAUGGUGAGUUGGUGUACCAGAAGUGGUGUUCUAUUUUGAAUCACGUGUGUAAUGUUCAUGAGGGGCAUGGUGCAGAGUUUCCCAGGUGUGAACAUGGAGAUCUUGAAGACCGUCUUUGGAUUCGUAGAGGUUCCAAAGCUUACGAUGAGUUGGAAAAGGUUGUCAAAGGCCGGCUUCUUUUGACAGAUAUCAGAAAAAUGUCUCCUGCAGAACAGACUUCUGGGCUUGAGGCUUUCCACAAGGUGCUCUGUCAUUUUGCCCCUAAGUUUGUGCACUUCUUCCAUGCACAAAUGGAAGCACGGUUAUAUUUAGCCACAUUGCAUUUUAAUGAAAAUUCAACCAGGGAGCAGGCAAAAAAUCAAGAUGGUGAUAUGAUAUACAGUGUUUCAUACCCAAAGGGAAGGAAGGGUGAAGGAGUUGCCAAAGAAGUAAAAAUUCAACAAACUUUUAAUUAUGUGAAUGAACUGUUUGAAGACCUCAUCUUCAGGAGAGAAGUCCACAAUUCUUAUGGAGAGGCGAGAGCAGCCAAAGCAAUAAAUGAGAAAGAAAGACCGAGACCAAUUGCUCAGAUGGAAGGAAGGGCUAGAAAAGAAGACAUUGUGGCUACUCAUAGAUCCAGAUUUUAUUGAAUAAAUAUAAUAUUUCCAAA